AAUUUUUUAUUGAAAUGACACAAAUCAAUUCCAAAAAAUUGUUACAACCAUUAACAGCAUUUACAAUGGCAAUAAUAGUUGGUUUAUAUGUUAAAUAUGCUAUAAAUGAAUCAAGAAGACAAUCAGAAACUAGGAAAAAAAUAAAGGAUGACGAGAGUAAACAAAAAAGAUAA